AAAAAGGAAAACUUAGAAUGAGUAGAACUGGGUUGAGGCAAAAGGCCAAGUUGGUGCUGAUGACCCAGCCAUACUCCAUAGCAACAGUACUUGCUCAGGCGCCCUUCUGCUCCCUCUUCAACCCACUACCGGCUCCUCGCUCCAUCGUCACAAUGACCAACAAUACCCAUCAAUCCAGUAAUACCCACCUCGAAGCCGUCUUCAAGCAGAAGAAGAUCCUCCGAUCCAGCGUCCGCAAAGCACUCAAGGGCAUGGACCCCUCUUCCAGAUCUCAAGAGGAUAAUGCAGUUCAGAAUAUCAUCCUGGAAGCUCCAUGGUUUAGAUCUAGUCAGAGAUUAUGCGCUUAUAUAAGUUGCAGUUCUUUGCGAGAAGUUGAUACAUCAAAAGUUCUGUCAGAAAUUCUACAGAAUCCAGCCAAAGAUGGUCAUACACAGAUGGGGAAAAAGCUUUAUGUCCCACGUGUGGAGGACAAAAAUAGUUACAUGCGGAUGCUGAAUAUUACACAUAUGGAUGAUCUAAUUUCAAAUUCAAUGAACAUUUUAGAACCAGCUCCAGUAGAUGGUGAUGGCAAUGAACGUGAAGAUGUUAUGCAGGCAACUGACCCAGUUGACUUGCUCCUAUUACCUGGACUUGCUUUUGACAAAUCUGGAAGACGCUUGGGUCGUGGUGGAGGUUACUAUGAUGCCUUCCUGAAGAACUACCUAGAGCUUGUGAAGGAGCGGAAUUGGAAGCAACCCCUCCUUGUUGCAUUGUCGUAUUCUGUGCAGAUAAUGGAUGAGGGAGUUAUACCAGUCACUCCAAAUGAUGUUCCUGUGGAUGCUCUUGUAUCCCCAGCAGGUGUGAUCCCCAUCACCACAGCUGCACAGGAGAGGUGUCAUUGAGCAAACAUCCUUCUCAACUGUUCUACCAAGUGUGCUGAUUUCAUUCCUUUCAUUUAACCAACAGACUUGUAGAACGACCUUCCAAAUGAAACUUCACCAAAGCAAAAAGAAAAAAGGCCAUUUUUAUUACAAGAGGGUUCCCAAAAAUUCAGUUGUUUUGGUCCAUUCUGAUUGUUAAGGUGUCAUGGUUGAUAUUCCCCUGCUUUGUGUAAUAAAGAAAGAACUAGACUUGAAAUUA